AUGGCAGAACGCGAUGGCAAGUUCGCCAUUGCCAUCAUAUGCGCUCUUGCGCUCGAACUAGACGCCGUCAUCAAGCUUCUUGAUGGGCUGCCGGAGAUUGUGCCGCACGAGAGGCGGGAUACCAUCUUUCUGUCCGCGAUGUUUGCUGGCCACCCGGUGCUGCUCGUGAAACCCCAGCAAUACGGAAAGCUCGAUGCGGCCUUGGCAAUGCAGUGCUUACAACAGCGAUUUGGUGAAAUGGAGCUGACUAUCCUGGUCGGCGUGUGCGGCGGCGUGGCUCAACCGUACGGCGAUGGUCCCUCUGCGCCUGCGCCCAUCUUCCUCGGCGAUGUCGUCAUCGGAAAUUCCAUUGUUCACUACAUACACGCGGCUGGGAUAAGCCCGCAGGGCCUUCAGAUGAAAAGCGCCGCCCCGCAAGUUGCAGGAACAAAGCUGCGUCAGCUUCUGGGCUACCUCGAAACGGAAUAUUACAUGCAGCAAGUGACGGCCCAGUCGGCAGCCAUCUUGGAGCAGCACUUUCACGACGCCGAAUACCGCUGCCCGGGAGAAUCGGAGGAUCUGGCGUUUUCUUCUUCUUACCACCACCUCCACCGCCGUUGCUGCCCCACGGGCUGCUGUACAUCCAACCCGCCCAUGUUUUGCAGCAUUGCCAAGGCAACACCCUGCUCCGAUCUUGACUGCGACCUUGAACAGGCCCGUCGGCGUCCCACGUACUCGCAGGUGCCGCGAAGGAUCCACGUCGGAACCUAUGCUUCGGAUGACGUUGUUAUGCGUGAUCCGCAAGUCCGAGACUCGUUGGCCAAGAACAGCAAUGUGAUUGCGUUUGAGAUGGAGGCAUCUGGAAUCUGGCAGCUCAAUACUACCUGCUUGGUGAUCAAGUCGGUGAGUGACUAUGGAGAUAGCCAUAAGCAUAAGCACUGGCAAAAUUACGCCGCAGCUUGUGCGGCAGCAACAACCAAAGCCGUUGUUGAACACUUUUAUCCAAGAGGGGCUCGGGCUGCCAUACAGAAGAUCAACUCCCAGAGGCACGCUCCGUCAACGGUGGCAAUGCUGGAAUCCGGCAAUACGGACCUGCCAAGUGACGUGAUGCAGAGCUUCGUGCACACAAAGGCUUUUCAGAAUUGGCUUCAAGGCCAGAAGAGCAUGCUCGUGGCCACGUUUUGCCAUGGAGCGAGCGCGGCGGAGACCGAUAACCAGCGACAGCUCCCAGGCAACUCUACCGCGAUUUCCUUAGCAAGGCACGCCGCGCAAUCUAGACGGGGUUGUCGCGUCUUUUACGUCGACUGCGCAGGGACGUUCGAAAAACGGCCUCUGACAAGACUUCACAAGCUCACAAAAGUACAGCAGCUUCCACCUGAUCCGUCGGAGAUAGACUCAAGCCUCGCCGCUGCUAACGCGGCCUUGGGUCUCCUGUUCCUGCAAAUAUUCUGCAGUCAGCCGCGGCAAGAACAGCUUUUGCUCGAGUACAUGGCGGAACUGCCGCAAAGCGCCGUCGCAGAGCUGCAGUCUGCGUUGCUAGACACCGGACAGCCUCCCACAGAAGCCAUGAUUCCAGUCAUUCUCUACAUGCUGGGCAGGGCAAAUUGGACAGAGUCAUUGCUGGCCAUAGACAACAUGGAGCUGAUCGAGGUCGCUGGUCAAAGAAGACUGCUUGCCGAUAUUGAACUGCUUUGCACUGCACUAAACACCCGAGCGUGUGUCGCGGCUUCCUCGGAUCUCAAGGGCAUCAUCAAGGAAGUCGCGCAUCUCUAUGUCUCCGAGGAUACAGAAUACAAAGAAUUUCUGGCAUCGUUACAAUUUCCGGACAUGGAGGCUCGGAGGAUGCAUGUAUCCGCGGCCACGGCGGAGACAAACUCGUGGAUCUGGAGCAACCCUGAAUACGUUGCGUUCUCACGACAGCAGUCCGGGAUCCUCUGGAUUCGCGGAAAGCCCGGCAGCGGUAAGUCUGUGCUGGCCAAGUUUAUCAAGGAAACGCUUCUCGAGCGGCUGCGGUCGACACAAGGGACCACCGGCUGCGGCUUCCUAGUCGGUGACUGGUUCUACCAUCGUCGCGGGGGCGGCCCUCACGUUCAGCACUAUUCUCUUCUGCGCUCCAUACUUUACCACUUGUCUAAGCAAUCACGGGAUGUCUUCACAUCCUUUUGCCUCGCGGCGUAUCGCUCAAUGGAUCCACGCAAUAUAUCGUGGUCCGGCGAUACCCUGAAGCAGAUGAUUCUCCGUGUUUGCCACGGCCCCAUGCCUGUCAUCUGUGUAGUAGAUGCUGUCGACGAAGCCGAGAAUGCAGAAGUUCUGUCGGUCAUCAGGGCAUUUGCUGAGGACACUAGUAGCUCCAACGCCAAAUUCAUCAUACUCAGCCGGCCCGCCGUCGCGAUAGAGCAGCAGGUCGCUGGCUACCACAGCAUCGUCAUGGAGAGGGAAAACCACGACGACAUUGAAAAGAUCGUAUGCAAAGGGCUUGAGUCGCUGCGGCAGGCGCUUCAUGCGCUUGACCUGGGCGCUCUGCCAUCUGCCGAGUGUGCCCCUCGGACGCGUGGCCAGCCUCGCGGUUCCCGGAUGAAGCAACCCAGGUCGAGAUCGGUGGGUGUUGCCAAGUUGCACGAGCAACUCGCGCUACAAGAGAUACAGAACACCCUUAUAGAAAACGCGCAAGGGUCAGUCUUGUGGGUGAAGCUAGUGCUGGACCAACUCAUUCGGCAGGCUAGCUCACCCUGGACAUGUACCCUGGACGGCCUGCGGCAAGCUGUGAAGCGGAUUCCGCACGAACUUGAGGAGUACUACACGCAGAUUGUGGUGGAGAUGCAGAGGCAACAGCCGGCUGGGGACAUCGAAGCUAUCCGGAGGAUGCUCAUGUGGAUAUGCGCCGCGGGCGAGAUUGGCGAGGUGACGCUGGAGAUGCUCUCAGAGGUCAUGGCCAUCAUCAAGGACAACUUUUCCUCGUUCACCGUGGACGACAUACGGAGUAGCCGACCGCUUUUUGAGUCGUGGGAUGAGCUUUGGCGCAAGAUGCAUCUCACAUGCGGGGUGUUCAUUGAAAUCUACAACCCGGGCCUCUCGGUCGAGGAAUCUCGCGACUACAACUACGGCGCCGCGUCAGUUGUCCAGCUCAUGCACCAGUCGGUCCGCGAUUUCCUCACCGAAAGCCCCGCCGCCGCACAGUUGUCCUUUACCCUUGCGGAGGCUCGAGAUUUUGUCCAGAGCCAUCUGUCCGACUAUUUGCGGAUCACGGGCCAGUGUCUGCGAAGCAGAGACUCUGGCGGUGGAUCAUUUCGCUGCAUAGAGCUACUGGAAUACCUUGACGACUGGAAACUCUUGGAACUUGCGCUCGGUCCCCGGCAGCAGCACAGCGCCGCUGCCGCCUCCGACUUUCGGGUUCCGCCCCUACAGGAGCCGACGCCUCAGUCUCCCGAUUCCUAUCUGUGCGCCGCGCUGCUUUCAGAUGUGCACACUUUCGAAGAUUUGUCGGGUGUUGUCAAUGGCGCCAGCCAGCCCGGUGUCAAGAACACCUCUAACUGCAUGGAAUUGUAUCUCCCAGCGAACCGCCUCUUCUACAGGGCAUGCAAGGACGGCUUAGUAACAGCCGUACUCAACAUGUUGGCUUUGGGAUGGCAUAGAGAUAUUAUGGCUUACAUGGACAGUGGGCCUGUCGUCAUGUACGGCGUCAUCCUGGCGGCUUCGACAUGCAAGUGCCGGAGAGUACAUGUCGACUGCGUUGGAAAGGGAAUCAGUAACGACACGAACAUAGAUGGUAAGUCGGGUAUACAUACCACAUCGGGCGUGCAUCGCCAGUCAGACAUACUUGGUAUACAUGAUGCCUCCGCCCCCCAAGAUUUCUGGAAAUUUGCAAUGCCAGGAGAAGAUUUCUGGACACCUGGAAUGCGACUGCCAGGAGAAAAGGAUAUGCAAAACGCCUUCACCGCCAAGAAUUUCUGGGCAUCUGCAAUGUCACUGCCAGAAAAGGAUAUACAAGACGCCUUCGCUGCCGAGAAUUUCUGGACACUUGGAAUGCCACCGCCAGGAGAAAAGGGAAAAAGUAAGAAACCGCCAGGAGAAAAGGGAAAAAGUAAGAAACCCGAAUCCAGCCAAGGUACCAUGACAGCAAGUCCUGCAGGGUACCAACAGACAAUGGAGGUGAGUCGGGUCGGACGCGCUCUGUCGGCUGUCGAGCUGGGCCUUAAGGAGGAGGAGGAGCGACGACGCGAAACAGAGCAAGAGGGUGGAGAGGCGCGACGGCGCGAAGAGAGCCGCUUUGACGUUGACGAUCAAUGGGUCGCGCAGCGGUGGCGUGUGACGGUCCGGGUCGACGGCGAUGACUCGCUCCUGCCGUGGGGAGCCACGUCGAAGUCCUCGGGUUGGACAAGCCGCUUCCGGGAGUGGUCCGGCUUCCUCGACCUGACCUGUGGCACAAUGGCGCGCGUCCUGCAACUGCAGGGCAAAUGGGGAGACGACGAUGACGGAUGCGACGGCCCCCUUCCAGAGGAUGUCGAGCAGGCAAUCACCGUGGCGAUUCGAGGGGCAAAGAGAACAGACGAUCAAGCGUUCAAAUGA